ACCAAACAAACCCGGAGUCAGUCGGAGCCCCAGAGUCCAGCUGAAAGUUCUGAAGAACCAAGACCAGGGUCAGCUGAAAGCCACGGGGAAAUAAACUAGACCGACUCUACUCUGCUUUCUGCUGAUCAAGGGGGAGGACUGCCUCUGAACGCCCUUUUUCGGAAAUAACAACAAAGACUCAACAAGUUUCAGUUUUAAUUUCAGUGACAUUUUUUAUUGGAAUUCUUCGUCGAUAAAUUAUCUUCAUUUAUUUAACUUAAUCCGUAAUAUAAAACUCAGCGACCACCAGCUGACGGACCAACAGAUAGGUUGCGCAACUGAAACAGCAGGAAGCGCAAAGACGUCACCUCCAGUUCUCCCAGUGUCAUAGCGACUGGUCCCAGUCGGAAUUCAGUAGGAAGAGAGUGGGACCGCUUUUCAGAACUUUAGCAACUCUGCUGCACGGACAAGUGACCAAAACAAUCUUCAUAGUGAUUUUCCUGAAUUGACCGGUAGUUCACACCUGAAGUCAUCCCAAAGUAAAAACUGAGGAUGGGCGUAGCAACAACCAGAAGUCAGCUGUGUCUGAAGAGGCUGCUGUCUGAGCCACAAGAAAACUUACCAAAAUGCAAGCUCGCCCGUCUGGAGACAUCCCAUUCUGCCAGUGGCCUAGCUUCAUAUCUCACACCAACAAACCCCACACCCAAGUCGCUCUCAAGCCAGCACCCGUCCAGAGUCGGACUAUAUCUCCUGUUUGCAAGCUGUGAAAGGGAGGAAACCUAUAGGGCUGUACACACAAGGACACAAAAGCAGUACACCUGUCAGGUUCUCCCUCUGCAGGGUUUCCAGGAACGGUUGGCAGCCUAUGAGCGCAUUGGUAAACACGACAACAUCUGUUGUCUACAAGAUGUGGUGGUCGGUCAAGACAACGUGUACGUCUUCCUGCCCGAUCACCAUGGAGACAUGCAUGCAUACGUGCGCAGCAGGAAGCGCCUGGACGAGGAAGAGGCGAGGCAUCUGUUUGCUCAGAUGCUGAAUGCAGUGGUGCACUGCCACCAUAAAGGAGUCAUGCUAAGGGACCUGAAGCUGCGACGAUUCGUCUUUAUGGACCAAUACAGGACUCGUCUCGCCCUGCUCGGCCUUAACGAUAGUGUAGUCCUCCACGGUAACCCUGAUAACGACUUCCUCAAAGACAGACAUGGCUGUCCCGCCUAUGUUGGCCCUGAGCUGCUCAACAACGGAAACGGCUCCUACUCAGGUCGCGCUGCAGACGUAUGGAGCCUGGGCGUGUCUCUGUACACCAUGCUGAUUGGACGAUACCCUUUUCAGGACACACAGCCAGCUGCGCUUUUCGCUAAGAUCCGGCGUGGGGUGUUCAGCCUGCCCAGUGGCUUGUCACCACAGGCAAAGUGUCUGAUUAGCUGCAUGCUGAGGAAGUUGCCUGCUGAGAGACUGAAGGCAUCCGAACUGCAGAUGCAUCCGUGGCUGACCACCAAUCCCUGUGCGCAACAACACAAUGUGCACAAGACGCAUCACACCCAAAAUACAACACAGAACAAACAGAUGGAGGAUGAUCAAGUGGUGCCAACAUGGCCUGAGAAGCAAUAAAAUGAUCAUACACUAUA